AAAAACUGAAGCUUUUGAUUCAAAAUUGUUUGGAGCCAUAUUUCUUUCGUUUUGACUUACGGUUGCUUUCGUUUGAGGUUCUGGGUGGUUGGAGAAGACCCUGUGUGCAAACAAAGUCAUCUCACCUAGUUGAAGAUGAUUUUUAAGUUACAUGCAGUGUAUGGAGAAUGGUUGUUGAGAGAUUUCCGUUGGGAUUUUGUGGUUGAUGAUCUCAAAGGAGCAAGAUUGUUUUUAUUGAAUGAAGAUUCAACACAUGCUGAACUUGUUGCAAUGGCUCAAGAAGAUUAUAACCUGGACAUGAGAUCAGUGACUGUGGAGAUUAGCUACUCAUUACCAGCAGAAAUGAUGAUGACUCCAAGCAGUCCUCCCAUUCAUGUUACAAGUGAUAGACAAGUUCGAAACUUGCUCGAGAUACUCAAAACGCAUAGAGUAUGUCUUUGUGUAUCAAGCCGCAGCAAGGUGGAAACGGUUUCAGAGAAAAGAGAAGAAGCUGGUGAUAAUGAUGAAGCUGGUGAAUGGGAAGAAGAUGUUGGUGAUAAUGAUGAAGCUGGUGAAUGGGAAGAAGAUGUUGGUGAUAAUGAUGAGGCUGAUGAAUGUUUUGAAGAUGUUGGUGAUAAUGAGUCUGUUGAAGAUGAAAAUCAAGAUGGGGAGGAGGAAAAUGGGGAGGAGGAAAAUGGGAGGAGGAUGCUGAUAACACUAUUGUUGGUGAAACGGAUCAGAAUGGUGGGGAUUACAGUCUUUAUGGAAAGGUUCUAG